GGAAGAAAACCAGUCAUUCAAAAUUUCCCGCCAAAGAGAUGAGAAUUGCCGAGGUAUCAACGCCGGAGCUCCGCCAAAUCCAACGUGACACGGAGGCUGACCACCACCGUCUCCUCUCACAAAUCGAGGUCACCGUCAAACAUCUCGAAGCCCACUCCACCGACAAACCCCCGCCGGCCACCGCCGCCGAUGAACUCCGUCGGUUCGUCACUCAGCUGAGUCAACUCGCUCCAUUUUCCAACUCCUUCAAGCUUCUGAUCUGGAAACUCAGCUACCGCCUCUGGAACGCCUGCGUUGACAUCUCCAACACCGCCACCAUCCGAUCCUCCCCGUCAACCACCGAAGCUGCCGCCGUAACCCACGCAAAACUCCGUCACAUCACCGCGGACCUCCUCUCCAUCGCCGGCGAAGUCUCUGGCGUCCCUUCUCCGGCGAUCAAGGCGGCGUCGUUCUACUACAAGACCGGUUUGAUAUGGCACAACCUCCGGAGAUUCGACCUUGCCGCGAAAUGCUUCGAGCGAGCCACCGAUCUGGUCUCGAAGCUCGACGUCGCUUCGAUUUCCGACGCCGGAGAGCGGAAACUGCUGCUGGACCUGAAUCUAGCUCGGUCCCAAACCGCGUGGGAGGUUCGGGACCCGAACCUCGCGGUUGCGCUGCUGAAUCGGAGCAAGGGCUUGCUAUUCGGUUGCAGCGAGCAUCACAAGGAGCUCGCGAAGCAGUUCAUGGCGUUUGGCAAGAGCUCGUUGUCGAGUAAUCGCGAUUUGGGUGAAGCGCUGAAGCUGAUGAACGAGGCGUUGGAGGGUUGCGAGAAGGGAUUAGGUGUGGCGAGAACACGGGAAGAGAAGGUGGAGAUCAGAGGGUUGAGGUGGAAGGUGUUGAGGUUCAUCGCCGCGAUUCAUCUGCAGAAGGAGGAGUAUGAGAGUGUGGUGAAGUGUGUGAAGGUUCUGAGAGAUUCCGCUGAUGGCGGUGAUGAUCACCCGAGCCUUUCGGUGCUGGCGAUGAAGGCGUGGUUGGGGUUGGGGAGGCAUGUUGAAGCGGAGAAGGAGCUGAGGGGAAUGGUGAUUGAUCGAGGGAUUCCGGAGGGUGUUUGGGUUUCGGCGGUGGAGGCGUAUUUUACUGCGGCGGGGACGGCCGGGGCGGAAACGGCGAAAGGGGUUUUCUUGGGGCUGUUGGGAAGGUGUCAUGUCAGUGCCGGCGCUGCGGUGAGGGUGGCGAAUAGGGUGCUUGGUGGUAGUGGAGGCGGUGAAGGAGGAAGAGUGAGGGCUAAAGUGGUGGCUGAGCUUGUGUCUGAUGAAAGGGUGGUGGCGCUCUUUGCAGGAGAGAAAGCUGCUAAGGAUAGGGUGGCAAUGCAUGCUAUUCUGUGGAAUUGUGGUGCUGAUAGUUUUCAAUCAAAAGACUACGAGACCAGUGCUGAACUCUUUGAAAAAUCUAUGCUAUACAUUCCAUAUGACACAGAGAAUAGAAUACUUCGAGCCAAGGGCUUUCGAGUUUUAUGCCUCUGCCACCUUGGUCUCUUGCAGCUGGAUCGCGCUCAAGAAUACAUUAAUGAGGCUGAAAAGCUUGAACCCAACAUUGUCUGUGCUUUUCUUAAGUUCAAAAUUUUUCUCCAAAAGAAAGAUCACCAAGGUGCUAUUAAUCAAAUUGAAGCGAUGACUGCGUGCCUUGACUUUCAACCAGAAUUUCUCUCACUUUCAGCCCAUGAAGCUGUUGCUUGCCAUGCUCUAACAGUUGCCGUUGCCUCUCUAUCUAGUAUGCUAAACUUUUAUGCUUCAGGAAAGUCCAUGCCUACUGCAGAAGUAACAGUUUUGCGCACCUUGGUAACAGUCCUCUCUCAAGAACAAGGUAAUGAGCAGCAAGUCCUCAAAUUUUUAAAACGCGCCCAUACACGAGCAUCUGAGCUUGGUCCUGAUUGCUUCUUUGGAAAAGAGGAGGUUGGGAAACGGGAGCGCAACUGGUUUGCUGUGACUUCAUGGAACUUCGGUAGAAAAACCGGGCAGGAUAAGAACUAUGAACUGUCAGCCGAAUUCUUAAGACUGGCAUCAAAUUUUCAUGCUCUAGUUAAAGAGUCUGAUACUGAGAACAAUGUCAUGGUUUGUAAAUCGUUAGUGCUUUCAGCAUCAUCAAUGAUAGCUUUAGAAUUUGAAAGGAAGACUGCUUUGUCAGAAACUGAAGUCAAGCAAGCUGCACAUUUGCUAGAUAGAGCGGGGCAGAUGCUAAAGUCAAUUUCAUCUGGGAACUCUGCUAACGAUGACCAGAUUAAUUCCAUGGAGCCUGAUCUUUUUUUCAUGUACACUUUCUGUGCAUUUGAUAUACAAGGCAGGCUCAAUAACUCAGGAUCACAACUCCUCAUUGUGAAAAGUUUUGCCAGUUCAAAGUUUUGCAAACCCCAGCACCUCCUUCAGAUUGGCCUCUCUGCCUCACAGGGACCGCGGUCUAAUCACGAAGUAGCCACGUUUGCUCUAAAUGAGUGCCUCUCAUCUUUCCUUUCAUCACCAGUUCCAGAUUAUCAGAAUAUUGCUCUUGUUGUCCGCAAGCUCAUAGCCAUUGCCAGCAUUCACAAGGGUGAUAACAAUGACGAUGUUGUACAUAGCAUGUACAAGCAAGCCAAGGGGAUAAUGGUUGGAUUAAAGGAAGGCGAGUAUCCGAUUGAAGAAGGAAAGUGGCUUUCCAUGACUGCGUGGAACCGAGCAGCGGUGCCAGUGAGGUUGGGUCAGCUUGAAAUGGGGAAGAAAUGGAUGACUGUGGGGUUGGACAUUGCAAAUCAUGUUCCAGGCAUGGAAACUUACAAAGCAUGCAUGGAAGAUCUCCUUAGGAAUUUGGAGAAAAAACUUUGAUAUGCAUGAAUUUCAAAUCCAGUUUCUAGCAGUUACAGAAUCCAUACAUAUCAUGUAUAGGAAAGAAGCCUAUAAAAAUGUAGAUAAUAUUGAUUUUUCAUUGAGAAUGUUCUAUAAGGAUCAUAUGAGCUGGUUUUGACUGCCAUGUCCUUGUUGUUGAAUUUAUAUAUAUAGAGUAAGCAUAGCAGAAACUAAUUGACCAACAAAACAUGUUAAUAUCUUAUGCUCCCAUUUAUUUUGGUCAUCCAAAA